AUGGCAAGCUCUAACCCUCGUCGGCGGCCCUCGGUCACCACUCCCGGCGACAAUGGACAACCCCCCAAACCCAACAAGUCUCUCCGCAAAGGUGCCACCUUCCACUCGCCUCCCUCCCCUGCCCUUUCGUCUCUCGACAAGGCCUCUUCGCCUCCCCAGAUGUCCCGCUCUUGGUCCGGUCUUGAAGAGACCGUCGGCGCCAACCGUCGUCGGGCCGCCCUGACCCUCGACAACUUCCACAAGGCCAUGUCCAAGGUUCAUGACGACGAGUCUACCCCGUCCAAGCUUAAAAGACAGGCCUCGCUCCGCGACAACGGCCAUCCUGUCCCUCCCGGUCUCUUUACCCGGGCCCUGGCCAAAUCGGAUACUGAACAGCCGUCAUUGCUUUCUCGCUCUGCCCCUCGAUCUGGGCGUCGAGGCUCCGACAGCGGGCUCGGCUCGUCCCUGGCCUCCACCGCAGACAAGUGCACGGCGGCAACAAUCAUGACACGCGUGUCCGCUCCCGCCCUCACGGGCUCAUCCAAAGCCAAGCAGACACUGCCUGGCCUGACGCAGAGGGCCCUGGACCGCAUCCACGAACACAUCCUCCGUCCUCUGAUGCGGGAACCGGACUUGAAAGAGUUUCAGCAAAUCCUCAAAGAGGUUCCCCGCCGCAUCAGCUCGAAGGAGAUCAUAUGCCUUCGGGAUAUCGAAAAGACGCUCAUACUAACGGCUCCAGGGUGUGCCCAGACCGUGUCUUCCUACCUCGACUUCUGCUCUUUGGUGGUGGACUGCAUUCAAGCAACAGUCGAAUUUCUUUCCGAUCGCGAGCAAAUCAGGCCCAACGACCGGCCUUACACCAACGGCUACUUUAUCGACUUGAAGGACCAGAUCCUCGAGUACGGUCACCAGCUUCGUGCCGCCAGAAGCGGCAAGGGCAUCGCCGACAACAUGGAUGUUGAUCCGGGCGACAAAGUCGAGCUCUUGGGUGGUAUCGCCGAGAAUGGACGCCCCGCCCAACUCGUCCGCGUCAAGCCGGACGGCACCGCCAUCUCGUUGGCGACCGGCAAGCCAGUCGCAAUGGACAAGCGCCCCGUCCAGUUCAAGCGCUCCCUGAGUGAGCAGCGUGAGGACGAAGAAGAGAUUAUGCGAUCAAUGGCUCGUCGGAAGAAGAAUGCGAGCCCUGAGGAGCUGGCGCCCAAGCGAUGCCGUGAGCUGGGCUGCAACAAGGAGUUCAAGCGUCCGUGCGACCUGACCAAGCACGAGAAGACGCACUCUCGGCCAUGGAAAUGCCCCUUUGCGACCUGCAAGUAUCACGAGUUUGGCUGGCCUACGGAGAAGGAGAUGGACCGGCACGUCAAUGACAAGCACUCGGACUCGCCCGCCAUGUACGAGUGCUUUUACACGCCCUGCCCGUACAAGUCCAAGCGCGAGUCCAAUUGCAAGCAGCACAUGGAGAAGGCCCACGGCUGGCACUACAACCGUAGCAAGACCAACGGCAAGAGGCCGUCGUCGACACCGGCCAGUCAGUUUCAGCAAACUCCGCCUCUCGGCAGCGAGUCUACCCCUUCGACCACGCCUGCGUUCAGCGCUCCCACACCUCCUCAGGAGCAAGAGGCGCUUCUUCACGGCGUCUCCAUCUUGCCUCCUGGAAUGGAAUGCCUUGACACGCACGGGUACCAGAUGGGUGCCUCGGGUGUCGUGGGCCUCGGGCUUGAGGGCCUUUCAACCGAUGCCAAUGGGCUAUACCCGGCGUACCAGGACGGACCUGGGUUCAUCUCGGAGGAGGACAUUUACGCAGCAUCGGUCCAGCUUCCGAGUCAGGCGCCGACCAUGAAUCAGUCAUUCGACAAGAUGAUGCCCGGUGGUUUGCCAAUGUACUCGGGCUUCCAGCUCUGUCAGCCGCAGCUCGAUGGCCCAGCUCAGCCGCAAUUCCAGCAGCCACAAUUUGCGGCUCCGAUGGCUGGACCCACGUUGAAGCAGGGAGACGCCAUGUUUUAUUCGCCGCCCGACUCGAUUCCUGACGAGGGCUUUGAUGAGCCUCAUCUUGGGGUGGACAAUGGCGAUUUCGCGCUGUUUCCGGCUCACGUCGAUGUGGGCAACCAUUACCAGCUCCCACUGUUCGAUGAGCCGCCGAGCGCCAACCUGGGAUUCUCGCAGACAUCGCAGCCCGACAUUUUCCAACAGAUGGAAUGGACGAAUCUCGACUACGCGAAUAUGCAGCAGGUAUAG